AUGAUGAAGUCGCAUCAACUCCUCUCUUUGUUGCUCCAUGCAACAUAUUGCAAUCCACUCGCUUUACCAUCCAAUCCGCAGAUUUCCCUCGGCUUGCCAUCUGGUUUCCAAACCGACCAUGACUACAUCGAUAUUGGAACCAAGUUUGCACAGCGGAAGCCGCGCCGCAUCGCCAUAAUCGGCAGCGGUAUAACCGGUUCCACCGCCGCCUUCACCAUCGCCGAAGCCGGCCGUCUUGACCCCUUUGGUCCCCCUUCAAUCACGCUCUUCGAGCGCAAUCCCAUCAUCGGCGGCCGCAUCACCACCACUCAGAUCUACAGGGACCCGCGAUUCACCAUCGACACCUGUGCCGCAACGUUCUCGACGCUGUCGGACACGUGCCUCGCUACUAGCGCUACCAACGUAGGGUUGCUGACUAGAAUUGUUACCCCCUCGGAUGCGGGCACCGGCGUGUGGGAUGGCACUGAAUUCCGGGGCUUCGUUGAAGAUACCGGCUUUAGGAACCCGCAGACCUGGAGCCUCUUUCGCAAGCUAAGGUGGUUCCAGAGGUAUGGUGCCACGCCGUGGGAAUAUGCGCGGAACGUGACUUCGACGCAGACGAGGUAUCGCCAGCUCGGCACGGCCAUGUUCACGUCUCUCAGGGCCGCGGUGAAGGCUGUGGAUUUGGAGAAGGCGGUGAGAUUGGGGGUGUGUGAGAGCGGGCUUCUCGACUGUACUCAAUACGGAAACUCACUCUUCUUGCAAGAGGUCGUCGAUGCCGGUAUAAGAGAGAGGUUUUUCGGAAACGUAGACGAGCUGAACGGCCUGGAUGCCAUCCUGGGAUUCAGUGGCGACACUCUUUCGGAGAUUGUUGGAGGAAACCUCCGUCUUGUUGACCGGCUGAUCAAACUCUCCGGAGCGGAUCUGAGGCUUAGCACGACUGUUGCGAAGAUCAAGAAGCAACCACAGGGUGUUUGGCGGCUCUACUUUUCCACACCGACAGUCUCUGAUUCGAUAGACUUCGACGCUGUUGUCAUUGCCGCGCCGCUGUCAACCAGCGACCUUGCGUUUGAGCCAGAACUUGGUUCGCGGCCAGGCCUCUUGCUGCCCUACGUCGACAGCUUCGUCACACACUUCACUACAACGAGCAAUUUGAGCUCAAGUUACUUCAAAGUUGAUGGUCCGGUACCGCAGAACAUUCUAACCACAGGCAUAGGAACGAACCAUCCGCUACCAUUCUUCCAGCUUAGGCUGGUCGGGCGGUAUUCAAACCCGAAGCCGGUGGAAGCAGAAAACCUAUACAAGCUGGUCUCGGAGCAGCCUGUCACGGACGAUGAGCUCGGCGAGUAUCUCGAGCUGGACGUCGGGCCGCCUACUAAGCCCGUGAUUUCGUGGAUUAGCCGUGAGCCGCUGUUCGAUUCGGUCCCGAGGCUAGAUGCUAACCAGACACUCCUGGGUGACGUUGAGGUUGAGCCGGGACUGUUUUAUGCCGGUGCCGGCGAGCAGGUUACCGCGACAGUGGAGUUUGGAUGCCGGAUGGGGAGGAAUGUCGCGCGUUUGGCGUUUCCGGGGGGGUCUCAGUGA